AUGUUCCAGUACUUGUUUUUCUCCUUCUGUAUCUAUGUCAAGUUACAGCCAAUAUCUUCAGUGGCCCUGGACCCUUGCUCUGCCUAUAUCAGCCUGAAUGAGCCUUGGAGGAACACUGAUCACCAGAUAAAUGGUUCCCGUGACCAGCCUACAUGUGAUAGCCACAUUGAUGGGGAGUGGUACCGCUUCACUGGCAUGGCUGGCGAUGCCAUGCCUACCUUCUGCAUCCCAGAGAACCACUGCGGGACGCAUGCCCCCAUCUGGCUAAACGGCAGCCACCCUAGGGAGUUGGACGGCAUUGUCCAAAGACAAGCCUGUGCGAGUUUCAAGGGGAACUGCUGCCUUUGGAACACCACAAUUGAUGUUAAGGCAUGUCCCGGCGGGUAUUAUGUCUACCGCUUAACCAAGCCUAGUGUCUGCUUCCAUGUGUACUGUGGGCAUUUCUAUGAUAUCUGUGAUGUGGUGGAUUGCCAUGGCUCCUGCUUGGAUACCGGAGACUGCAUGUGUUCCUUGGGGACUACACUGGGACCUGAUGGACAGACCUGUCUUGAUGAGAAUGAAUGUGAACAGGAUAAUGGAGGUUGCAGUGAGUUUUGUGUGAAUCUGAAGAACUCCUAUCGCUGCGAAUGUGGAAUCGGGCGCACGCUGGGAAAGGAUGGUAAAACCUGUGAAGAAAUUGAAGGUUGCCACAAUAACAAUGGAGGCUGCAGCCACACCUGCGUUGCAGUGGAAGACACAUACCAGUGUGAGUGCCCCAGGGGGCUUGUUCUGUCAGAGGACAACCACAGCUGCCAAGUUCCAGUGCUGUGCAAGUCCACCUCCAUUGAGGUGAGCAUCCCCAAGGAUCUGGUUGGAGGGCUGGAUCUUUCUCUCAUCAAUGCUUCCUGCAAAGGAGUAUCCAAUGGCACUCAUGUCAACAUCAACUUCUCUUUGAAGUCCUGUGGCACCGUUGUAGAUGUAGCAAAUGAUAAAAUCAUUGCUACCAAUAUGGUGACCGGCUUGCCCAAGCAGACACCUGGCAGUAAUGGGGACAUCAUCGUCCGCACCAGCAAGCUGCUGAUCCCUGUGACCUGUGAGUUCCCCCGUCAGUACACCAUCUCUGAGGGCUACGUCACCAACCUGAAGAACUCCCCUCUGGAAAUCAUGAGCCGCAACCGGGGCGUCUUCCCCUUUACCCUUGAGAUCUUCAAAGACAAAGAGUUUGACGAGCCCUACAGGGAUUCUCUCCCCACCCUCAAGCUUCGCGACUCGCUGUAUUUUGGGAUUGAGCCCAUGGUGCACGUGAGUGGGCUAGAGACACUGGUGGAGAGCUGCUUCGCCACCCCCACCUCAAAAAUUGAUGAGAUCCUGAAGUACUACUUAAUUCAAGACGGCUGUGUUUCUGAUGACUCCGUGAAACAAUACACGUCAAAGGAUCAUCUUGCUAAGCACUUCCAGGUCCCUGUGUUCAAGUUUGUGGGUAAAGACAACAAGGAAGUGUUCUUGCACUGCCGCAUCCUUGUGUGUGGCGUGCUGGACGAGAGGUCUCGCUGUGCCCAGGGGUGUCGGAGACGAAUGCGCAGGUCAGCUGGGAUGGAGGAAGAGGAGGAGGAAACCAGUCACAUGGCAAACCAUAUCCUGACAGGUGGCCCCAUUAGAAUCGACAUGGAUGAGUAG